AUGCCUACUGCGAAGCGGCAGAAGGGCAGUGGCAUGGCCACAUCCAGAAAGCCGAGAGAAACAAGCAGCAAAGCCGAUACCGACCGCCCGACCCCUGCAGAGGUUGAAGAGGAGGAGCAUCAAUUUGUGCAGCUUGCUCGCAAACAUUGGCUGAAGGUUGGAAAGAAGACGGCGAGGCCAAAGGUCAAGAUCGAGGUAGUCAAACAGAGUAUCUGGGAUGUCCUAGAGAAGGAGAACUUUGAGUACAAAUCUCUUGUGCUCCUCGAAAGCCUGCAGACCUUAGAGAUCUACCUUUGGCCCGGAUACGGAAAUGAGUCGUCCAACUUCCAGGUUCUGCUCAUGGUGUUGAUAGCAAACGUCAAACGACGUGAGCAUCUGGAGACAUGGAGCAUUUUCGAGAAUAGACCAGACGAUUUUUCGUCCCUUUUUCGACGCAUACUAUCCCUCUCGCUUGAUCGAACCUUAUCUGCGACAGUCCGGAAACAUGUCAUCUACUUUUUAAUAUCUGCGUUUCAAAGCCUAGACCGUGCAGUCAUCAGAAAGGAAUGUGCUCCCUUAGUUUCGAUCGGUAUCUGGCAAAACCUUUCGAGCGAUAGUCUAAGGGAAUCGUAUCUUGACCAGGCCCCUCAGCUUAGGAAGGCCUGGAGGGCCUCCCUGAAGCGGUACGACGCAGCGGACGAGCCAACGAAAGCAAGGCUUCGUUUUGAGCGGUCAUGGCUCUACUCACUUCUUCUGGACUACUUGAGUCUUAUUUACCACAGCAAAAGCAAGCCUGAUGCUUUGUCUUACUGUGAACGAUUCGCCGAGUUCACGUGCGAUUUGCAAAGUCAGCUGCCGACGAGGCGGUACGUCAACGCACUGCUCCAAGAUUUGCACCUCCUUCCCCUUAUGAAACUCUCGCCGAUGUACAACGACGAAGAUAGCGGUCUACUACGCGAGCUCCAUGCCCUCUUGUCUCACUACACAUACUUCAAAGUGGACGACCAAACGGGCAUUCAGCUGAGUUGCUCGGAGGCCUACAAAAAUCAUUGUUCAUCGCUAGGCAGGUUGCAACGAGUGGCUCUGAAGCACUUCAAGGAAAAGCUGUCGGUACUGGCUCUGUCAAAUUUCAAUGCCAUUGACAAACCAGAUGAACUAGGGACGUUGUUGGGGACUUUGACUGAUGGAGAAUUGGCACAUCUCCUGAAACUGCUUGAUAUCCGCUCAUCCUUUCCUGACCACCUGGGGUUGCCCAUUGACCGCAAGGCCCUCAACCACUUCAUAGCGGCCAAAUUCGAACGCAAGACUUCCUUUCAAGACUCGGCUUUGAAGAUGUCACUAUCACCCACUGAGAAGUCACUUUUCGACAGCAACUUCCGGAGGGCAGACGUCUAUGACGGCUCGUAUCCACUAGCCCUGCCAAAGAUGAACCUUCAAUAUCUAUCCAUUGGCGACUUCCUCUGGAGAGCGUUUGUUCUGUGCCGCUGCGAAUCGUUUUAUGGGGUCCGCAAAGAUCUAGAGUCUGCCUUGCGCCGCCUGCGCCCACGGGCCGGGCAGCAGGGAGAAGUUAUUUUCGCCGGAUUUUCCAGAAUGGCCUUGCCAAUCUCCAAGCCGACAGUACUUGAAAUUGUGCCGCCUCCAAUUGGCAGUGACCAGUCAUCGUCGGUAGUAGCCGAGGUGGUGGUUGAUGUCCGGCAUUUUGGAGACAAAGCGCGACAGGAGUGGGAUUCUUUGCGGCCCGACGACGUUGUCUUUUUGGUUGCAUUCGAUCCUUCGCUGACCAUCACAACCGCCGGUGUCGGCGAAGAGAUGCAACCGGAAUGCGAGAAGCUGGGCGUCUCGGCCGUCCGAACGGCGGAGAUAAUUGACAUGACAAAUUCCAGGGGGCAUCAUCUUAAGGAGGGGUCUGAAACCUUGGACGGCAAACGGCGCAUCCAGCUCAGGCUUGAUCAGGAUACAUGCACCAGAGAUGCCCAGCAUCCAGUGCCAGGAACACCAGGUGCGUAUGGGUGCUUCAAUCUUAUCCUGAGGCGGAACCGGAGGGAAAAUAACUUCAAGCCGGUUUUGGAAUCAAUUCGCAACUUGUUAUUGUCGGAAGCACCACUUCCCCCAUGGCUUCACGAGGUAUUCCUUGGUUAUGGUGACCCAGCGGGAGCCAGUGGGAAAAAUUUGGCCAACAGAAUAAGGAAGGUCGACUACCGUGACACUUUUCUGGACUGGCAGCAUCUUGUGGAGAGCCUGCCUGGCAAAACUAUUGAGCCUGGAGGCGAUGUCUCCAGCAGCUUCGGUCCGCCAUAUAUUCUGGAAGAAGCCGAGAGGCCAGAGGCACCCCGGUUGGCAAAAACCUCCAAAAAGCGACGGCGAGAUGUCGAACCGGUCCUGAAGUCCGAUAUGGCCACCUUCAAAGUCCUGACAUACAAGCCGCCAAACAAUGGGCCUUUCCCCGCCGACGUUCCUCGCCUGAACGCCGUGCGAUUUACGCCUGCUCAGGUUGAGGCUAUCAUGUCGGGCACUCAACCGGGCCUGACGGUCAUCGUUGGACCGCCUGGAACGGGCAAAACCGAUGUGGCAGCACAAAUCAUCAACAACAUCUAUCACAACUUUCCGGAACAGAAGACGUUGCUUCUUGCGCACAGCAACCAAGCCCUGAACCAGCUGUUUGCCAAGAUCGUCGCACUUGAUAUUGACGAGAGGCACUUGCUGCGGCUGGGACAUGGCGAGGAAGACCUAGAUGCCGCCGGAAGUUUUGGCAAACAAGGUCGUGUUGAGUCGUACUUGGACAACCGCCAGCGGUGUCUGCGCGAAGUAAAGAAACUGGCCAUUAGCCUGGGCGCACCUGGCGCCCAUGACAACUCCGCCGAGACGGCGGGUUACUUCAACAAGGUCUACGUGGAGCCUGUCUGGUUGGUUUUCUUGCAAGCUGCAUUGUCGGAAGAUUCGAAUGCGUCGGACUUGAUGCGGGAAUUUCCCUUUCACCACUACUUCGCCAAUGCUCCACAGCCGUUGUUCCCAUCAGACGCCGACAAACCUCAGGUGCUAGACAUUGCCCACGGUUGCUAUUCCCACAUCGCCAAGAUCUUUUCUGAACUUGCACACAUUUUCCCCUUUGAGAUUCUCCGGCGCGAACGAGACAAGGCCGACUAUCUACUUACCAGUGAAGCUCGAAUCAUUGCGAUGACUACAACACAUGCAGCCAUCAGAAGAGGUGAGAUCGCUGCCUUGGGCUUCCAUUAUGACAACGUCAUUCUGGAGGAGGGAGCCCAAAUAACCGAGGUGGAGACAUUCAUGCCACUCGCAAUGCAGAAGCCGGUCAAUGGCCAGAUGCCGCUCCAGAGAGUCGUGCUGUGCGGCGACCACUUCCAAAACUCUCCGGUAAUUCAGAGUCUAGCAUUCCGUCACCAUUCCAACCUAGAACAAUCGCUUUUUUCUCGAUUAGUUCGACUAGGAGUUCCAACUAUCACCUUGGAUCAGCAAGGAAGAGCACGGCCUUCGAUUGCGAAGUUGUAUCAGUGGCGGUACCCCAACCUGGGAAAUUUGCCAAUCGUCGAAGCCCAGCCCGAGUUCCAGAGGGCAAACGCCGGUUUCAAAUUCGACUACCAGUUUGUCAAUGUGCCAUCGUACAAAGGACGUGGAGAGGCGGAGCCAACGCCGCACUUUAUUCAAAACCUUGGCGAGGCAGAAUAUGCUGUUGCAAUCUUUCAAUAUAUGAGACUACUCGGGUACCCAGCAGAAAAGAUCAGUAUUCUCACCACAUACGCUGGACAGAGAGCACUGGUAAUGGAUGUGCUUUCCCACCGGUCUGCCAAAAACCCAAUAUUUGGUUUGCCUAAGGCGGUUGCAACGGUGGAUAAAUAUCAAGGCGAGCAGAAUGACUAUAUCAUCCUCUCACUCACACGAACAUCCCGAGUAGGGUAUCUUCGAGACGUUCGCCGCAUGACGGUAGCGAUGUCGCGUGCUCGACUAGGGCUCUACGUGCUUGGUCGUCGAGAGGUGUUUGAGGCUUGUUCCGAACUACGGCCAGCCUUUGACAUUUUGCUGGAACGACCAGACAAAUUAACAUUGGUAACUGGAGAGCUGUGGCCGACUCAACGACCUAAUGCAAGCGAUUCCUGUAUUGAUGGUGAGGUGGUGAUGGAAAGCGUGGAGCAUUUGGGGCAAUAUGUGUUUGAGAUGACAAGCACCAGAAUGGAGCAGCUGUCAGAGCACAACAAACCGAUGGCACCGACUCCGAACUUCGAGAUACCAGAGGAUUCUGGUGAGGCCGCAUGCUCUCGUGAGAAUGAACAGGCGUUGGAACCAGACAUUCUUGAAGUUCGAGAGGGUGACAUUUAA